AUGGCAGAAGAUGGAGUAACCAUAGAUUUCUCACAAAACAAAAAGCCACCUAAUGGUGGAGAUACUACAUACCCAGGAUAUUCUACCGGAACUGGUAAGAAUAUUACCAUUAAGGUCACAAGUGCUAAUGAACCUAAGGACUCUAACUUCUGGAAGUAUGAACAUAGGCUUGAGACUGGAAACCAACCAUUCAAGCUUUCAAGAGUAUGGGAUGAUCGGAGUAAUCCUAUUCCGGGGAUUCCUCCUAAUGAAUCCGAUAAUAAGGUAACCUCAGUUUCCGCCUAUUACUGGAGGUAUGAACCUGGUGGGACACCUGCUAAGGCUCUUGUAGCUGAAGUAGUAUAUAGUGGGAAUAAGACAUACUAUAGGAACAGUAGUGGAGGUGGUAAAAACUGGAUUCUACUAACUGGAGAUAAAAGUUCUCAUCCUCCACUACUCUAUGGUGACAUUGAAAGAGCACUAGAUGACUUGGUUUGUGAAUAUUACGGUGCAGUUACUAUGAAUCUUUUCAAGGUUGUAUCCGUUAAUCUCAGCAGCAAAGUAUCCACAGGUAAUAAUAAGUACUGUUGCGCUUUCCAUAGUCCUAAUGGUGGUGGCGAAGGAAAAGUAUCUGUUAACAGAGGGACUGUUCCAGCUGGUUCCAAAGAUAUUGAAUACUACAAACACUUCAUUGACAACGGAACUAAACUCGCAGGUAUUAAGACUAAUUCUGGUCUUCCAAGAAAAAGAAUAACUGCUCUCGGACUAGACUUUCCCAUUCAAGGUUCUCUCACUAUUUAUGCAUUCUACUGUAACCAGAGGAGUAGUCCUGUACUGAUAUAUGUCAAAGAUGGAAAUCCUCCCGUUAAUAAGUGGUUCAGGCAAAUAGCUGGUGAUACAUGGCAGAAUGUACCGGACAUAUCUAAGGAUCCAGAGAACAUCAAAAGCUGUAGUGACGAGGGAUUUAAAGCACUUGUGAAGGAACUAAGAGACUUUGGAUGUAACUAUUCAACAUGUAAAGAGCCUGUUCAAUCCUCACCUCAACAAGCUGCUGGUGGUUCUGUUGGAUCUAAGGGUGGUGCUACUGGUACUGUUAAUACUGAAGAAGCUGGUAAUUCUCUUCCUGCUGAAGAAAUUAAAGUAGAAAUAGGUACUCAAGGACAACCUACUCCUGGUACUGCUCAGUAUACUGUAGACGCUCAACAACAAACUGAUACUCCUAAUGCUACUGCUGAAGCUCCUGGUCCUUCUGAUGCUAGUGAUGAUAAAGAUGCUAAAGCUGCUGCUGAUCCUGGUCAACCUAUAGGUAGUAGUGCUGAUGGUGGAGAACUUACUCCUACUGGUGAUACUGAUGAAGGUGCUGGAGCCAAAGGAGUUCCUGAAGGACCUGCUAAACCUAAGGGAGGACAAAAUACUGAUGUUACUUCUACUGAUUCUCGUCUAUCCUCAGCUCAACAAGGUGUUGGUCCUGAUGGUAAAAUGGAACCUGCUACUGGUCUUGAAGAACCUGCUCCUAAAGCUCCUGAAGGUGAUUCUGGUACUGCUUCUGCUCAACGUCAAGGAGAUUCUUCUCAUUGGGAAGUACCUACUGGAAUAUUUGGUGGCGUCUUUACAGUAUCAGGAUUAGUUGGCUUCAUUGGAUUCAAGUUCUAUAGGAGUCAUAAUGGAGACCCUUGGGUUAAACAUAGGCAUCCUAUAGAGUAUUUAAAGAAUGUAUCAUAUUGA